AUGGCUAAACAACUCUGCUUGCUUGCCGCACUAGUAUGUGCGCUAACUGCAACGCAGCUGGCCAUCGCUUCAGAUGUACCACCGACCGAUGCAACACCAACCGCCUUGCGGCAGGAUAAUUUCAUCGAAUGGAUCACUUCAAUACUGCGUCCGACCACCACAACAUCCAAACCCAACGUACUGGCAACAACUACACCCACCACACCAAACCGCAACUGCGCAUCCUGCAGCUGCGGCACCAUCAACAAGUUCCACCGCAUUGUAGGCGGCAUGGAAACCGAGGUAAAUGAAUAUCCUUGGAUGGCAAUGUUGAUGCGGCGCGGUGACUUCUACUGUGGUGGUACGCUGAUCAACGAUCAAUAUGUGCUGACCGCAGCGCAUUGUGUGCGGGGCUUUAAUAGGCGCAUCGUCUCCGUGCGUCUACUCUCACACAACCGCACCGAUGGGCGUGUGAACACAAUUGAUCGCCAGCUGGAUUCGAUUAUAGUACACAAUGGUUAUAGUGGCAGGAAUUUGGACAAUGACAUCGCACUAUUGCGUUUCACCGAACCACUUAAGUUGCGCGAGCCGUUGCGGCCGGUUUGUCUCGCUGAGGCUGGCAAGACAUACGAGGGCGAAAUGGCUGUAGUCACUGGCUGGGGUGCGGUGAAGGAGGGCGGCUUCAUCGCGGAUCGCUUGCAGGAAGUGCAAGUGCCCGUCAUGUCGCAGGAGACCUGCCGCAAGAGCAAAUAUGGCGCCGAUCGUAUUACGGAUAACAUGCUUUGCGCUGGCUACACUGAGGGCGGCAAAGACUCUUGCCAGGGUGAUAGCGGUGGGCCGCUACAUGUAAGCCAUAAUGGAACGAAGACUUAUCAGCUGGCUGGCAUUGUAUCAUGGGGUGAGGGUUGUGCACGUCCGAAUGCACCCGGCGUUUAUACGCGCGUCACGCAGUACUUGGAUUGGAUUGAGCAGCGCACACGUGAUGCUUGUAAAUGUCAGGCAACAGCGGGAGGUGGGGGUGCUGGCGCGGGCGCGGGUGAAGGCAGUAGUAGUACUGAAAGUGUAGGAGCACAGACUAGUAGCACGAAGCAGCGGCAGAGCCUCUCGAAAUGCGCGGAUCAGAGUUCUGUGUGGCAGCCGUGA